UAUUCAACUGAUCAACGUAUUUUUGUGCCAGUACUAUGCUGCUCUGUUACUAUGGCUCUGUCACAUGGCUUGGAAUCAGGUAUGGUGAUAACCCCUGCCUUAUUUUUACCCUCAUUAGGAUUGUUUCGAUUUCCCAAGGUCUUCUUCCAAAAAAAUCAUUAAGUUUUUUUCAACUGUUCUGUGGAAAAUGGAGUUGCAGCUUUGAUGAGGGUGUGUGCAUUAGUCUAUACAUUGUUUCUGAAACAGAGGCAUUUCCCCAGUAUUGAUUUGUUCGGUCAGCACCUGGUGCCUCCUUCAGUUUCUCCAGAGUGUAGUAAGGUUUUCAACUGCAGGGGUAUUUUACUUCCUUGCUCAAGUUUAUUCCAUGGAACUUCAGUUUUGUUCAUUUGUUUCUGGGGAGUUGUGAAUGGAACCAUUUUUCUAAUGUCUCCUAUAGCAUGCUUUUUAUUAGUAUAGAGGGAGCUACUGGCCUCUCUGUGCUCAUUUUGAUCCUACCUCUUUUACAUUGAGUCUCCAGGGUCUUUUAUGAAAACACUCAUACCAUCUUCAAACAGGGGGUCUUGGACUUCUUUUCUCAAUUCAUAUUGCUAUUAUUUGCUCCUUUUGUCCUAUUGCUCUAGCCAAGGCUUCUAGAUCUAUGUUGAAUGUGGGCCUGUGUAUUGGAGGCUUUCCACAGAGAUCUCUGGCUGGGCCAGGUUCGAGGGUUCAGGCAAAAGGGAGGGGAAAUUGCCUCUGCCGCCUCUGCCACCUCUGCCGCCUCUGCCGCCUCUGCCGCCUCUGCCGCCUCUGCCGCCUCUGCCGCCUCUGCCGCCUCUGCCGCCUCUGCCGCCUCUGCCGCCUCUGCCGCCUCUGCCUCCUCUGCCGCCUCUGCCGCCUCUGCCGCCUCUGCCUCCUCUGCCGCCUCUGCCGCCUCUGCCGCCUCUGCCGCCUCUGCCGCCUCUGCCGCCUCUGCCGCCUCUGCCGCCUCUGCCUCCUCUGCCGCCUCUGCCGCCUCUGCCGCCUCUGCCUCCUCUGCCGCCUCUGCCGCCUCUGCCGCCUCUGCCGCCUCUGCCGCCUCUGCCUCCUCUGCCGCCUCUGCCGCCUCUGCCUCCUCUGCCGCCUCUGCCGCCUCUGCCGCCUCUGCCGCCUCCACCGUUGGUGCUGCUCCAUCUCUGUCGCUGCUACUGCGGCUUCAGUUGCUCCAAGACAGGCAGGGCUGAGCCAGCAGGAGGAUGACGAGCCAGAGCAGGGUACAGGGGAGCUUCUGGUGUUGAUUUCCGAUUUCAGGAGAGUGGAUCUCUUCCCCAAGCGGCAGCAUUACAGCUCUUGUGACGGAAACUCUCUGAUGACAGAAUGAUUCUUGCACACCUUUGCUCCUUCUGGAUAGGAUUCUUAUAUACAGUUUUGGGGUGGGUACUUCCUAUUGGUUUGGUCUGAGAGCUCGGGGAUACCUUAUCUACAUGUGGGAGGGUUUGGGGUGCUGCUCCUACAUGUCUGAUGGUCACAAACCUCUCUACAGGAGGCUGUGGGGGCGGGGGCUGUAGCUAAAUGACAGGAGUCUGGUUUCCUGGGAGUUUAGGGAAACACCUACCAUCCCUUAGGGUCACUGUGGUUUCAAACCUCAACUCAACCAGGAACCAAGUUACCUUUCGCAGCCCUCCACCCAACAUUGAAUAAGAAUGGAGAAAUCAGAGAGAAAACAGGAGAAAUGGGAGGUCUGUAGUGCAAUGCAAGUUGCUGGACAGUUUCUCAGCCUUGUGUGUAGUCUAACACCAGUUGCUCUGAAUUUCCCAGGAGUACAGUUUAUAGAAUCCCAACUCCGGAGCAUUCUUCCUAUUCAAUUUAGUGCCCAUUCAUGCAGCCCAAUUCCUCCUGCACUCUGCCUGAUUUGCUAUCGUGCUCUUAGACCAUGUGGUGACAUGAUCUGCCCUCCCAGGCCUGUGUAGCAUGGCUGGAUCUCUAGGCCGGUCAACCAGCACAUGCUCCUGGAAGUGCGUCUUCUUUGAGUGAACCAUCUUUGCUUCUGCUGCAGCUACGAUGUCCCAGCUCCGUGGACUGUUUGAUACACAAGAACCUGAACUCCCUGUGCGUGCCCGCCAAACUCUGGUAUCCGCUGACAUCUCUACCUUCACAGGGCUCAGUUACUACUAACGGGAAACAAGCCAUAAGAAUAAGAGGAAAGGAAGGCUGAAAGCAUGGCUGGUCCUACAAGACACCGUGCCAAAUCCUGGGGUUUUACUGCUGUGAACAGACACCAUGAACAAGACAACUCCUGUAAGGACAACAUUUAAUUGGGGCUGGCUUACAGGUUCAGAGGUUCAGUCCAUUAUCAUCAAGGCUGGAGCAUGACAGCAUCCAGGCAGGCAUGGUGCAGGAGGAGCUGAGAGUUCUACAUCUUCAUCUGAAGGCUGCUAGGAGAAGACUGGCUUCCCAGCAGCUAGGAGGAGAGCCUUAUAGCCCACCCUCACAGUGACACACUUCCUCCAGAAAGGCCACAGCUCCUAAUAGUGCUACUCCCCGGGCCCAGCAUAUACAAACCACUACAUAGACUGACAUCAUUCUGUAGCCCAGAGUCAUGAAAUCCUUUCUCCUUUUCUUUUUCUCUUUGUGUUUCAUUUCGGGGAGUUUCUGUUGAGCUGUUUUCAAGUUCACUAACUCCCUGUUAAAUCUCCUGAUGAUCUUGUCAUAAGUACUCUUUAAACAGUGUGGGUGCUUUGUUUUAGCAUUUCCAUGAGGUUUUUUUUUUAAAAAAAGGUUUUAUCACUUUGAUCAAAUUACAUUCUGAUCUUUUCAUCAGAAACAUUAAACUACUACUCAUAAUUAUUUAAAUUUACCUCCUGAGAAUCCUGAUAUUUUUGUCAUAUCAGAAUCUAGUUCAGUUGGUUUCGUUGGCAUCUUUCCUUCUGGUCUCUGGCAGUGUUUUUGUUUGAAUGUCUGUAUGGGGUGUGUGUGUGUGUGUGUGUGUGUGUGUGUGUGUGUGUGUGUGUGUGUGUGUGAAAGAGGUCUUUUUACAGCAAAUCCCUUAUACAGAGACAAGGAUAAAUGGUGCGCCCAUCUGAAAAUGGAACACCAGUUUUUAGUGUUCUUUCUAAGUCUCUGAGGGGAGAACAGGGUCACUGGGUCAUAAGGUCUGGGUUUGGGGAGUGACUCCUGCUGUGGCUACCCUCUGAGUCCUUUAACAACUGUGCUCUUGCUGAGGCUGCUUUACCAGAGAGUCUUCCAGUGCCUGCUUGACUGUUGGCUGUCAGUGUUAUCUUGCUCAGUCCUCAGAGUGUCUUCGCAUGUUCCUCCAUACCAUUGUCCCUGUCACACAAAACUGGUCAUGAGACUGAGAGGUCUCAUUUCCUAGUUAAACCUCAG